GCUUUCCUUCGGUUCGCUCUCAGUUUCAAUCGCGCGUUCCGAGCUUGCUCCGGAAGAGCGCGAACCGCAAAAUCGGAGAGAUCGGCGAAACGGACGGGGGAGGCCGUGAUAGUCGAGAUCGUGCAAAACCACAAUGAACCACCUCGAAAUAUAAGUGACGAGGGAUCGGGAACCACGACUGGCCUGAUCGCGCGCCGAUCGAUCUCGAUCGCGAACACCGGCUUAUUCGCGUGACCGGCUGCUGUCUUCAUGAGACAUGUCACAUGCAACACGUGCUCCGUGACGCGGCCAAAAAUGAAAAAUCCGCGGGACGAUGGAUGCAAUUGAGCUUGCGAAUACAGUUAGAAUGCAGUGAAAAAGUUUAAUCUGUCGGUGAAGGAGCGACUGGAGAACGCGAUCGCGAAUGUGUAUUUUCUAUCGAAAUAUCACGACAACCGUAUACGAUACGGUCCGAUACGCGCGUGUUUUUCGCCGUUAAAGAAAGUCGACAAGACACGCGAGAUUUUUUCCCGUUAUCUACAGUAAAAAGGACCGAAACAUCUCGAGUUUGAAAUUGUUCGUCCGUGCGUGUAGCUGUCUCUCUGCCGGCUCUGUCGACCGGAAAGCACGUGACAUCGCCCCGCUGGGUGUUCCACUCUUUUCCUAUAAAGAAUUCGAACCUGAUUCGUAUACAAAUUGAGCGAUCUACUUCUAUUUACGAUUGGCGCGAAUUUCGCGAAAGAAACUUGGUGUUAAUUUUAAUAAAAUACCGUGUUCUUCAUCACCAUGUAAUUUCGAAUUUUGUGGAAAAGAUACUUCUGGUAUUAUUAUAGCAAAAAAAUUUGCACUUCUUUCUGUGUGCAUGAUAAUUGAAGGUUAGAAUUAUGAUAAGUAUUAUUACUAAUAAAAAGAUAGAAUUGAAUCUACAAUUCGUUAGAUCCGUUUCAAAUAACUAGUGGUUUCUGUGUAUUCGAAAUUGAAAUUAUAAAUUGAAGAAUUUUAUUUUCAGUUUGUCUUAAAAUUAAACUUUUAAGAUUCGUGAAAAAUUCAAAGUUUUAAUUCCUAGAUAAAACUAAAUAACAAUACGUAAUUAUGAAGUUAUAAUAUUAAAAUUAUUUCUACUGAUUCCGAUUGUCCUUUGGUUGUUAUAAAAAAAAAAAAUCAUGAAAGCCCGCAACUUCGACUUUGACCGCCACACUAGCUCUGCUUCCACGUGUUACCGUCCUUGGCGAGUAUGAAAUUCGGCGACAGCGCGGCGUUCGGAUACAAAUCAUCUUGCUUUUUUUCGAAAGAAACAUCAAUCGUCGGCGUGAAAACGAGUAAGACGAUUGAACGUAAUGUGAAUCAUAAAAAAUCGUGCUAACGUUCCUUUCGCGCAACCUGAUUGGAGAACAGCUGCUAUGAUGAGAACGAGAGCAAUUUUUGAACUUAUAAAAUUAAAAAUAAAAUAGUGAUAUCUUAUAAUUCUUAGUAAACUUAAAAUGUAGAUGCUAAAUGUACUAAGUUACAAUGUAGCAACCAAAACGGAUUAUGUGUAACGAAAUUAAUCAAAACAUCUCUCACUUUCUAAUUUCGGACCUGUGUCGCAACCGAGCUCCUAAAGAGCACGUGCGUGUUUCGUAAUUAGUGAAGUGUGAUGGUCAAGAUGUCUAAUGAUUGUCGUUUCGUCGAAGUUAAAUUGGACCGCGCCAGGAACUGCAAUGAACCCCUCAAGCGAAAAUCUAACACUUUAAAGGAGAAACGAGAUUAUCUACAUCAAUUAUCUCAGGACAUUGAUACACGCAAAAUUUCAGAAGCUCUCUCUCGUGAAUGAAGACGUGUGCUCACAUGCAUAAUGAAAAUGGCGAAAAAUGAAGACAAAUAAAAAUACAAUACACGUCCAUCAAAAUCACGAAGGACAAUCGGCGUAUUGUCUCUCUGGAAAGAACAAAGGGAUGCACAUCACUAUAUAUGAAAACGUGUUUAAUAAAACGUAGCAAAAAGAAAAUUCGAAAAUAUGAGCCGCUGACCUUUUUAUUCCUUUCAUUAUCAUCGCGUUGGAUGCAAACUCAACAAGAUAUGAAUCACAGCAGGCGCAUUAUAUGCAACGGAGGCUUGAACCACGCUGCUGCAAGAUACGCUGCGGUCGGGAUGCUCCAAGUGAGACUCGAUGUAAUAUCAAAACGCGUUGCGAACGGCUAUCCGAAUGGACCACGAGCAGCCGCGAGUGACUCGUUCUUCCUCUCGCGUAACCGACCCCAGUGCGGAAAAUGCUUCGCGACGCGCAAUAAUUAGACAGAUAGUCCCGUCGAGAUAAAGGUGUAACGUAACGUCAGGAGGACGCGAUGGCGUCGCGGACGAGAAAGCGGUGGUGCGUGAAUGGUGUUUUAGUGCGAUUGACGCUGACUCUGUCGGGUUUGUGCGCGGGUCAUUGUGCGAGUAUCGACCUGACCACGACGAUGAUUAUGACGAGAGCAUCGCCGACGACGGCGACGACGACAACGGUAGGGACGGGAAUGACGAUGGCCACGACGAAGCCGGCUGGUGACCUUAGGGAGUGCGUCGGGGGUAUGCAGAUGGUGAGACCCAAGAAGGAGGUGAGACUGGCAGUGAUCGUGCCGGGCGAUCCUCGCCACGAACAGAGUCUGCAGAGAGUACUGCCAGCGGUACUGCUAGCUGUGAAAUACGUCAGCUCACCCAGGGGACCUUUACCGGGAUGGAACAUCAAGGUGGACUUUCGUGACUCAAACUGCUCCAGCAUUAAGGGGCCCUUGUACGCGUUCGAGUUCUACACCAACAAGACAGCAGAUGCUUUCCUGGGUCCCGUAUGCGAAUACGUGAUCGCGCCCGUGGCAAGAUACGCGGGUGUAUGGGACAUACCCGUGCUGACGGCGGGGGCGCAGGCGGAAGCGUUCCGUUUCAAGAACGAUUUUCCGACGUUAACCAGGAUGAUGGGCUCUCAUCAACUGGUGAGUGAGGCGCUCAGGCACAUCCUACGCCGUUUUGGGUGGAAAAUCUGCGGACUGCUGCUUCACAAUUACAACAAGACGAGUAAGGACAAAAAGGGCAAUUCCGAAUGCUACUUCAGACUGAGCGCCGUGUUCGGCGCAAUCGAAUCUAAGCUCAAUUACAAACCGGAGGUGAAGGCGUUCGACCAGGAUACGGCCAACGCCGAGGAAUACAGAGACUUGCUCAUCCAUAUCUCGAAAACCGCACGGAUUAUAGUAAUGUGCGCUAAUUCAACGACCAUCCGAGAAAUAUUGCUAGCUGCUGAGGAGCUCGGAAUGGUGGACUCAGGGGAGUACGUGUUCUUUUCCAUAGAGCUCUACUCAAGCGAUAAUAAUUCCAAGGAGCCAUGGAGAGUCGAGAGCGACACCGAUGAUAGAAACGAAAAAGCCCGAAAGGCUUAUCAGGCCUUGCUAACGGUGACAACGCGCACCCCAGACAACCAAGAGUACCAGAAUUUUUCGCGCGAAGUUAAAUCUUUGGCUCAAAGCAAAUACAACUUCACCUUUGGUAACAGCUCGGUCUCUACCUUCGUGACGGCAUUUUACGACGCCGUGCUGCUUUAUGCCCUCACCCUUAAAGAGAGCCUGCAGGAGAAACCGGGUGAGGUCAUCCCAGACGGCGGUAACCUAACCCGAAGAAUGUGGGGAAAGAGUUUCAAGGGAAUAACCGGCGAUGUAAACAUAGACGAGAAUGGCGACAGAAUUGUGGAUUAUUCUCUGCUGGACAUGAAUCCAGAAACAUCGAGAUUCGAAAUUGUGGCCAAUUAUUAUGGUGUGAAUAAAACAUUGGAAUAUGUCCCUGGGAAGCAAAUUCAUUGGGCCGGAGGUCGUUUGGAACCACCUCCGGAUACACCUACUUGCGGAUUCGAUGGAUCGUUAUGCCCAGAUAAUUCUCUUCCGGGAUACGCUAUUCUCUCCAUGGUAUUGAGCUCCAUCGUGGUUGUUCUCGUCGUCGGUUCAGUACUUAUUUAUCGGCGCUUUAAACUGGAAGCGGAAAUUGCCUCCAUGACGUGGAAGGUGCAUUGGGACGACGUAAUUGUGAUGCCUAACGCGAAGACAAGAGGCUCCAUGUAUUCCCUAAUCGCGAAUAAGUUUCGCGGUAGUCAAAUGACGAUAUAUUCUGAGGAUAACGCAAGUUUACCAGAUGAUGGUGAUAGAAAUGUGUAUGUUCCUACAGGAUUUUAUAAGAAUUCGAAAGUUGCUAUAAAAUUGAUACCGAGGAACAAAGUAGAAAUCUCAAGACCUUUGUUGCUAGAGCUAAAGCGGAUGAAGGAUCUCCAGCACGAUCAUCUUGUACGAUUUUACGGUGCCUGUCUCGAGCCGCCGCAUUGUUGCCUCCUAACCGAAUACUGCCCCAAAGGAUCUCUUCAGGAUAUACUAGAGAACGAACAGAUAAAGCUCGAUCGCGUGUUCCGGGGAUCUCUGAUACACGACAUUGUGCGCGGCAUGGUGUAUCUCCAUGCGUCGGAAGUGAAGAGUCACGGUAAUCUCAAGUCUACGAACUGCGUCGUUGAUUCACGAUUCGUCCUAAAGAUCGCCGACUUCGGCUUGCACGAGUUGAGAAGGAGCGCGGACGAGGACGCGGAUGGCGACAGGAACAGCUACGCCUAUUGGAGGAAACAACUGUGGACAGCGCCGGAACUAUUGAGGAUGGAGAGACGGCCGCCCGAGGGUACUCAGAAAGGCGACGUGUACAGCUUUGCUAUAAUCGUUCACGAGAUCGUAGUGCGCCAAGGGCCAUUCUACUUGGGAGACAACGAACUCUCUCCAAACGAAAUAGUAGAAGGUGUCAGAAGAGGUGGCGGUUCACCCUUAAGGCCUGUAAUCGAUGACGCUUCCGUUGAAGAAGAGGUAGCUACUCUAAUGAGAAAAUGCUGGGCGCAAGAUUCCGCGGACCGACCGGAUUUUCCUGCCUUGAAGCAAACGAUUCGUAAAAUUAAUAAGGACUACGAGAGCAGCAAUAUCCUGGACAAUUUACUAUCCCGUAUGGAGCAGUACGCCACGAAUUUAGAAACGCUGGUAGAGGAACGCACGGCUGACUACCUCGAGGAGAAACGUAAAUGCGAAGAACUUCUUUACCAGUUACUACCAAAAUCGGUGGCGUCGCAGUUGAUCCUCGGCCAAAGCGUAAUCGCCGAGACGUACGAUCAAGUGACAAUUUACUUCAGCGACAUCGUGGGCUUCACGAGCCUGUCGGCCGAGAGCACACCACUGCAGGUGGUCGAUCUGCUGAACGACCUCUACACGUGUUUCGACUCCAUUAUCGAGAACUUCGACGUUUACAAAGUGGAAACGAUAGGAGAUGCCUACAUGGUCGUAUCGGGACUACCAGUGAGAAAUGGCAUGAAUCACGCUAGAGAAAUUGCGAGGAUGAGUUUAGCCCUCAGGGAUACGGUAAUGACAUUCAGGAUUCGCCAUAGACCAACCGAGCAAUUAAAACUUCGUAUCGGCAUGCAUUCUGGACCAUGCGUGGCGGGCGUGGUAGGGCUCAAGAUGCCUAGAUACUGCCUGUUUGGCGAUACGGUCAACACAGCAUCCAGGAUGGAGAGCAACGGAGAAGCUUUGAAGAUCCAUGUCAGUCCAAAGACGAAGGAAAUACUGGAUACCUUUGGUACAUUCGAGCUCGUCUGCAGGGGAGAAGUCGUAUUAAAGGGUAAGGGUCCGAUGACCACCUAUUGGUUGAUAGGCGAAAAACCGACGAACAACAACGUGCAACAAGCAAAUCCCACGACGACGAUCGGCCAAAUAUCGAUACAGGAUCAACAUUCCGUCACCCCGCAAAUUCAAACGACGCAGUCGAAGCAACAGGAACAACGGGCGCUCUCUUCCGCCGGUCAGCAACACAAAUUUUAUGGUCAACCGGAUCAGCCGUUCCCGAGCCAGCAAUCGAUUCAGUCGAAGAGUCAGGAGUCGCGGGGUGGCCAGCAGGGACAUCCGGGUCAACAGAGACCGCAAGAGUCGCAGCAUCAGGGUUUAAUGACCGCCCAGCCGCGGUGUCAAGCGGCCCCGAUCAAUUCAACGCCACCGGCCGCGAAUCAGAUUCAAGGUCAGAAAUCCACGGCGAUCAAUCUUACCUGCGGCCUCACCGGCGUGACCGGAAACGGCGCGCCCAAAUCGGUGGUCGCGUCGCGCAACGUCGUCGCGACGCCGAUCGGCAAUUCCUCGCCGUCCCGCAACCGCACGGCAACGAGCGGACCGCCGUCGAGCGCAAACAACUCCGUGCACCAGGUGUACCCGGCGGCCGAGAGUAUGCCCAAUCACACCGAGAGCGGUCCCAACGCGCCGCUUCUGCUACCCGCGGGCGCGGUCCCCAGGGUCUAGCUCUCCUAAGAUGUCUUUCUCGACGAUCUCCUUACCUUACCGAGUCUCCGAGGAAUAUCGUGGGCUCACCAACCGAGUCGAUCGAUGCUCGGGUUUGUUGGUGAGAAAGCGAAAUGUAAUUGUGGUCUCGAAGUGAGAGUGGAUAAAUUGGACGAUGAGGAACGGUCUCUACUUGUAACAAAAGCAAAGAUUUUGUUCGUCGUCCUGAUCUACUGAAGCCUUUAAAAUUCAGAUUCUUCGUUCCCCGGAAGUAAUCAGAGUGAUCUGUGAACAUAUCGUGACAACAAUAGUCUUCUAUCAGAUUUACGACGAUGGUGCUUCUCUUGGAUUAAUUAAUGUUUCACGACUAUUUCUUAAUUUCUAGAAAGUGUCUAUUAAAUUAGAAUUCUAGAUAAUCGGUUAGCGGAAGAUUUGCUUUUUGGUACUAUAAAUCCUGACUAUGUUGUUCGCGCUGUUAUUGCGAUAGAUGAUAGCUGACAAAGCGGGACCGACUCCACAAGCACGCUGAAAGUGAUCUCUUCCUACAAGGUAUUAUGGAACCAAUGUUUAUCAAUUAACGCAAUUUAGAGUAGACACGCGCGAACCAAAUCGUGCGACAAAGAUGGACAAUGAGGAUCAUCAGGAUGAUCCGAAGACCGAUGAAGAGAUGAAGGAGUAAUUAAUUAAUAGAGAAGUACAUACACGACCGGCGAUCUUUUGCCGAGAGUACUUAUAGUCUUCUAUACAUGGACACAGUAUUAUACCGGUCGUGCGCGUGUGUGUGCAUUUUAAUUAUUCGUACCUACCAAAGCGAGAGCAUUUCCCGUUUACGCGCGCAUGUUCCCAUGAGAUUCGUUUGCGACGGCAAUGUAACGGGCUUACUAAUUAGCUUAGCGGCCAAGUUUUCCGAAGUUUAUAUAGUCGCGGCCAGUACUUGAUUCCCGCCGAGCUUUAAACGCCGAAUUAAUUUAGAUCCGACAGUGAAUGCAGGCGAAUCUAGAUUUUCUCUUUUUACGAGGAUAUAUUUUAUCAAAAAAUGACCAUGGUUGACUGAAUCGCCUUUCUCUGUCUACAUUAUUAUUUUAGUUGAGAGAGAGAGAGAGAGAGAGAGAGAAUUAAAGUUAAAAUUUAUCGACGAAGAGAUUGAAGAAGUUGACUUAAAAUUGAUAGUAGGAAAAACAACGGUAAGUUUUCUCUGAUCAAAAUGUUAUACGUUCUGUAGAAAUAUUUGCGUAAGUUUCUUCCAAUAUAUAUAAGAUUUUUAUUUGCGGUAAAAUAUUUUUCGAACUCCUCUGAUCCUUCCGAACUCAUCUGCGAAAUCAUCGGAUUACAAGUAAGCAUCAUGAAAGACGUAGCUCGGCCACAGUGUUUAUCGUCGCAUACCCGACACGGCAAACAUUACCGUUCGCAACGCGUCGCGAGAUCCAAGCAAACAACACAAUUCCGUACCUAUAUGUGUAAGGAUGUUAUAUAUAAAUAUACAAAAGAGAACAAAAAAAAAAGAUAUAUAUGUAUACGCAGGUACAUGUAUAUGUUACGAGAUUAGAUUAUAUAUCUAUGUAUAUGGCUGCAGAAGCAAAAGUUACCAUAGCUAACGUCAAUGUUUAGGGCGAAUGUUCGUGAAAUGGAUGGAGGCUGGGCCUCUCGCGAAACGAGUCUAAGAAAUUAAUUAACCAAUAUGCGGGAGUGCAUAUACUGCGAAAGACACACACAUACACAUAUACACGCACACACGUACAUUUAUACGUACUACACACGAGAUAGGUAUGUGCACAUGCGGUCGCGAUUGCAUACCCGUGUUUAAUGUACGAAACGGUGCAGGUGGCUGAUGAUACUCCGCGGUUGCCCCUGUUGUAAACGUGAUGUGGUGGGCACGAGGGGAUGUGACGCAUCGCAAAGAGUGAAAUUCUAUCUGUGUCAAUCUCUCUUUCAACGAUGUACCAAUGAAUAUUCCGAAAAUAAAGUUUAAUCGUUUUC